GGGGCAUGACCGAAGCCUUGGGAUUCUCGCGAGGUGAGCCGACAAGUCCUGCAGAUGCCUCCAAUAAGGCGAUUGCACUAUUUUAACGCUUCGAUGUCUCUCCAUGCGUGAUUUUAUCCAUCACUAUGAUGAUCCAGCUAUUCUAGAGAGGGAGAUGAGUGGAGACAUUGUACCCAGAUCACAGGGGAAGGGAAACAUAACAACCAAACUGUCCGAGGCUGCACCUGAUAUCUAACAAACAGGGCAGAAGAAGACCUGGCUCUAUCAUUCCGCUUGAUUAUCUCAUUCAUGUUGUAUGUCUCUUGCUUCAACUCUCUGGAUUUUACUUCGUGCACGCAUUAUCCCGAACAUCAAACCGCAAAAUGAGUGAGGAAAUAUCAGAUGUCCCGAAAGAACUGCUUGAGAGUGUCAAGGAUGCAGUGGGGAGGAAGAUCAAAUUGGUGGUUAAGAAGAGAGUUAAACUGGAGAUCAAAGGAGACAAGGUGGAGAACAGAAUCCUGGCGUUGGCAUCUCAUCGGGCUUACCUCCUCAGUGCACGAAUUCCCACCAAGGUGGAGCAGACUUUCAAUUAUCUGGAGAUUCAAGGCAUCACGUGUAACAAACCCACACAGUUUGCAGUGGAAUAUGAGCGGGGUCAGAUCUCGCUGAAGAUGGCAUCCACAGAGGAGGUGAAUGAGGUGGUGGCUCACAUAGGCAGCUGUUUCCAAAGGAUCUACCCCGGCCUGCCGCCUCUGAAGGUGAUGAAGAGGUUGUCCAUGGAUCCUCCUGAGAGAAUCAGCUCUCUGCAAACCUUUUGGGAGAAUCAGAGUGGAUCUGAGACGGGGCCCUGUGGGGGUUUCUCUCUGCAGUACAGGUGUGUGUGUGAUUGGUUAGGCCUCCCCUUCCGAGAAGAGGUUCAGUGGGAUGUAGACACGAUUUAUCUUACACAGGACACAAGAGAACUGAACCUGCAGGACUUCAGUCAUCUAGAGAACAGGGAUUUGGUGGCAAUAAUCGCAGUGCUGGAAUACAACCAGUGGUUCACCAAGCUCUCCACCAAAGAUUAUAAACUGUCUGCAGAUGUCUCUGAUCAGAUUCUGAGAGUUGUGGCCCGAUCGAGCCGGCUAGAGGAGCUGGUUCUGGACAAUGCUGGACUCAAAACGGACUUUGCACAGAAAUUGGCAAAUGCCCUCACCCACAAUACCAACUCAGGACUGCACAGCUUAAACCUUGCCAACAAUCCUCUCGAGGACAGAGGAAUCGCCUCUCUGGGUGCACAGUUUGCCAAACUAAGCAAGGGCCUCAAGCAUCUAAACUUCUCCAGAACCUCAUUGUCACCCAAAGGGGUGAACAGCCUUGCUCAGUCACUGAGUGCCAACCAGUCCAUCCCCAGCACACUCACCCAUCUUGACCUCUCAGGAAAUGUGCUCCGGGGGGAUGACCUUACGAAUUUCUACAAUUUCCUCAGCCAGCCCAACAGCCUGCACACCCUGGACCUAUCCAACACAGACUGCUCACUUGACUUAGUGUGUUCUGCACUGCUCAGAGGCUCCAUCCAGCACCUUACCAUCCUUAAUGUGUCAAAAAGCGUCUUUGCCCUCAGGAAAGGUAAAGAUGUGCCUCCUGCAUUUAAACACUUCUUCAGUAGUGCAAUGGUUCUGAACACCAUCAACGUAUCAGGAACCAAGUUAGCCCCAGAGGCUUUGAAAGCUCUUCUGUUGGGUCUUGCCAGUAAUCCUAAUGUUAAAGAUGUCUCUCUGGACCUCAGCUGUUGUGAGCUGCGGUCCGGAGGCUCCCAGAUCCUGGAAGGCUGCAUUGCUGAAAUUCCCAACAUCUCUUGUCUGGACAUCUCUGAUAAUGGUCUGGAUUCUGAUAUGGCGACUCUUUUAGUAUGGCUGGCCAAGAACCGCUCAAUAAGACAUCUGUCGUUGGGCAAAAACUUCAACAAUAUCAAAUCAAAAAAUCUAGCUCCAGUCUUGGACAACCUGGUGCACAUGAUUCAAGAGGAAGAAUCGCCUCUGACAUCUCUCUCUUUGGCGGACUCCAAGCUGAAGACUGACCUCGCCAUUGUUCUGAACGCUCUGGGCAGUAACAGCUCUUUGACUCGUGUGGACAUCAGUGGGAAUGUCAUGGGAGACAUGGGAGCAAAGAUGCUGGCCAAAGCUCUGCAGAUCAACAGCAAACUCCGGACGGUCAUCUGGGACAGAAACAACACCAGUCCACAAGGUCUUCAGGAUGUGGCAGCUGCAUUGGAGAAGAAUUUCACCAUCCGAUUCAUGCCCAUCCCCAUCAUUGAUGCAUCCCAGGCACUUAAAGCCAGUCCUGAGAAGACAGAGGACGCUUUGCUAAAGAUUGAAAAUUACCUGUACAGGAACCAUGAAACCCGGAAGUACGUCCAAGAGCAAGCCUACCGACUCCAGCAGGGCAUCGUCACGACCACCACACAGCAGAUGAUCGACCGGAUAUGUGUAAAAGUCCAGGACCAUCUCAACUCUCUCAAGAACUCAGAGAAAGACGCUAUCCAGGAGGAUGUCAGAAUGGCAGAAAACCUCAUGAAGGACGCUAAAAACUCAAAAACACUUCUACCCAACCUGUACCACCUGGGCGCAGCAUCCAGAGAGGAGGUCAGUGCCUCUUCAGUGGGACCCAUCCAGGAGAAACUGGACUCCAUGGCAGGAGAGGUGGCACGGGUCAUGGAUGAGCAGCUCCAGAUGCUGCUGGAGUCAAUGGUGGAUGCAGCUGAGGGUCUGUGUCCUCACGUCAUAAAGAAAUCCAACCUGCGGCAGGAUCUUAUCAAAGCCGGCAUGACCAAGAUGGUUGUUCCUCGAAGCUUCGUCAAGAACACACUCCUUGAGCAGUCUGGCAUCGACAUCAUGAACAAGAUCAGUGAAGUGAAGCUCAGCCUGGCGUCUUUCCUCUCCGAUCAAAUCGUUGAUGAGAUUUUAGAGGCACUUUCCAGCUCACAGCAGACACUGGCAGAGCACCUGUCAGGGAAAGGCCGCCCCCUGCCGCAGCAGGAAUCUCUUGACAUGGAUGUUCCUGAGGAGAAAGUUCCUAAACGCUCCACCACAGAGCUGAUGGAGGGGGAGAGGCUGGAUGACCUGGAGUCCUGCAUGAUGACACCCAAGUCUAAGAGGAAGAGCAUUCACAGUCGAAUGCUGAGGCCUGUCUCCAGAGCGUUUGAGAUGGAGUUUGACUUGGAUAAGGCUCUUGAGGAUGUGCCCAUUCACAUAGAAGACCCCUCCCCACUUCCUAAGCUUGAAAAAAAAACAUCUACAACCACGGGAGAACUUCCAUCAGAGGAAUGCAAGAAACUACAACACUACACCAAACUGCGGCCCAAGAGGAAUAAAAAGACCAAUUCCAGCAAGAUUCCGCAGAUCAGCAGCACUCCGUCACAGGAAGGAGAACAGAAUGGCCUCAUAGGAAGGGUGGAUGAAGGGGUCGAUGAGUUUUUCUCUAAAAGAGUCACCAAAAUAUAUGAUAAUAAACGGUCAUUUCUAAAGAGUUCUGAGUCUCAAGACAGCGAUAAGAAACGAGAAUCUCGCAAGGGUGGUUUUCUCAACCUCAUCAAGUCCCGGACCAGCAAAUAUGACAAGGACAAGGAGAAAAACCCAGCCUCUGCUACUGCCCCAGCCCAGACUCUAUCCCCAGUCCCAAGCCAGACAACAUCUUCAGUCGUGGAGGAGCCCGCAUCCCCUAAGGGUCCCAUCCGGAGCCCACCACCUGAUGCUAAAACCAAAUCCCAGACCCCGCCCACAAACCACAGCAGCAGCUCAGAGCGCUCGGAGGAGCCGAAGACGCCAGACUCGGUGGACUCCGAGCCGUCAGAGGGCAGUCCUCAGGGCAGCCGCAGAUAUGGUGUGCAGGUGAUGGGCAGUGGAUUGCUGGCCGAAAUGAAGGCCAAACAGGAGAAAAGGGGCCCCUUUGGCUGUCUUAAGGUAUCAGAGUCUUCCUCUAGUUCAGACAAACCAGAUGGGCCAUCGUUAGUAAAGGGUCAUUCUCCUGAGAGCCGUUCUCCAGGUGUAAGCAAGACUGAGGGGAGUGUUAGCUCAACAGAGAAAGUCUCUCGUUGUGCAGUGGAGGGCAAGCCUGAGAAGACCCCGAGACCCAAGACUUCCGCAAGCACCAAACCAGCCCUGGCAGCUCGACCAUCUAUCGCCCAAAAACCCCGAACCGGCAGUGUGAGAAGCAUAGAUGAGAGCACUGAUUCUCCUACUGGAGGCCCCAAAGGCCCGGGACUGUCAGCACUGAGGAAGGUGCCCUCAGAGAAAGAGGGACCCAAUAGUCCUUCACAGACCAGCAAGAACUCUGCUCAGGAAGCAGAGCAGACGGCAGACAUUAGUGUGUUUGAAUCAGACUCUGAGCUGGCCCACAGAGCUCGAGCCGCACAGCAGCGUUCAGUGGACGAGAGUCAUCCAGAGCACGGCACACCGCUUUCCAGGCCUGUGAGGACGUCCACAGCAACUGAUCCCUUCCAGAAAUCCAAUCGGCUGAACUCUGAAGAGAGCAGCUCUAAGACCAAGGACAUGCCAGUCAACAGCGACAAAGACAAGGACUUGAGUCAGGGCAGCAAGUCAACUGACUCUGGGGAAGAGGUCAAUAAAGACUUUAUUUUUAUAUGAGUACGAAAGACCGCUUCACUGUGCAUCAUUCCAUCCUGCCAAUAUAAACCUCACCAAAUGUCCCAACGCCAACUUUCCCAACUGUAGAAUCCACAACCCUACUAGACAGAAAGUGUGAUUGUGUGUGGAUGGGUGUAUUGAACCAAUGUGUGCAUGCUUAUUUCUAUCAUUCCUUUAAAAGAAAGGUGAAACUGCUAUAUGACGUGUCUUGCUUCAGGAAGUAACUUGGUUGCGUUGUAAUAAAUUCAGUUAUAAGUACCAUGGCUCAAGCACUGUUAGACAAUGCGUGCGUAUAUGCAUGAGUUCUCACUGUGUUAAAAUACAAUUUACUCUCUCUUAAAGCAGCAGACGAAUCAUUGAUCCUGUUUUGUCUGUUUAACCCUUAAGCCUUAGUCACACUGUACUGUAAUGAGUCAAAGCAGGACACUGAGGGCAUUUCAUUUUCUACUGUUUGAAAAUAAAACUCUGUGAGUGUGCAUGUUUGCUUUUUUACAUGUAUGUGUGUGAAUAUAAAUGCACAUUAUACUCAAUAUGUUGGUUUCAAGGGCACAGACAGCCUUGAGUAAACUAAACUGCACUGUUCAUAAUGAUUCGUCAAUGAAAAUCUGUUUAGUCUAGGACUAAACAUAAUCUGUGUCUAAAAAAGGCAGAUUGCAUAGAUAAAUUAUUUGAUAUUGAAAUAUUAACAUUUAAUAUAUAUGUGUGAAAUGGUAUGUAUGUGAACACAGAGCAUCUAUUGAUAUGGUACUAAUCACAAUGCUACAAAAAAAAAGUGGAAGUUGUAAUUUUAAUAUUAUUACGACUGAUGUCUGAUGCCGCUUUUUUAACUGAAACAACUGGUUUUUCCUUCUAAAUUGGAAUGUAAAUUCUGUUGAUACAAUGCUUAGCAGUUUCUAAUAAUUUUGUUAAUGGACACUGCUGGGCACUAUGAAUUAGUAUUUUCUUUACUGGAAAGGGCAAGUGUGAAAAGAUGUAUGUGAUCAGUGUUGAUAUAAUAAUUAAAUCUUGUAUUUCUUUAAUAGUGUUUCUGCAGAGCAGCAGUCUCUUUGACCUUGUUCGUCUUGCAAUAUUUUGAUUCAAUGUUUUAGGGGGGUUAAUCAUGAGGUUGAUUCCUUAAUGUUUUUCACUCACAUGUUUUAUCAGUCCUGGACAUUUUAUUGUGUCUAUUUAUGUCAGUUCGAUUAAAAUGGAUUUUACAAAUUUAA